AUGCAGCUUCACAUACCCAUCUACAUUGAGAGGUCGUAUCUGAACACAGAGUCAAAGUAUGCAGGUCGUCUAGAGGAUCUCUGUGGAAACAACAUCUGCACUCUGAGAAUCAGAAACCUGACAGAGAGCGACUCAGAUCAGUACAGGUUCAGGAUCAUAACAAACCAAGAUGCAUACUGGGGUUAUCCUGGAACCACUCUGUCUGUUACAGAUCUCCAGGUGGAGGUGAUCAGAUCAGGAUCGUCUACUCUCCUUCAGUGUCUCAGCAGAUGUUCACCUGGUCAAACUUCCUACAUCUGGUUUAAGAACGGACAGGAAGUGAAGGAAGACACAUCUUCUUAUGCAGACUUCAGAUAUGAUUCAGCAGACAGUUAUUCCUGUGCUUUGAAGGGAUAUGAGGACUUCCCCUCUCCUUCAGUGUGUGUCAGAGGUCAAACCUGCAACAGAGUGAUUUACACUGAGAGAAGCAUCUGCGCCUUAAAAGGAUCAUCAGUGGACAUUUCCUGCACGUACAGCAGCUUUGAAGAUGAUGUUAAAUCUAAAUUCUGGUUCAUUCCUGAGCGUAUUCAUCAGAGACAGAAUCCCUCUCAACCUGAGGACCUUAGUGAAGACUCCCAGUAUGCAGGUCGUGUUCAGAUCCUUGAAACAGAGAGAGGACGCUCCACUCUGAGGACCUCUGACCUGAGAGACUCAGAUUCAGCUCAGUAUCUCUUCAAAUUCAAAACACCAAGCUUUGAAUGGGGGAUUGAUUUACCUGGAACAACUCUGACUGUCACAGCUCUCCAGGUGCAGGUGAUCAGAGCAAAGGUCUACAACUAUUCUACCGAGGCAGAGCUGAAGUGUCACAGCAGCUGCAGUCCAGCUGGUUCUCUGAACUACGUCUGGUUCAAGAACGGAGAGAAAAUCACAUCCACGAAUACAUCUUCUUAUGAAGGCUGGUUUCAGCCCAGAGACAACAUCUCUUGUGCUCUGAAAGGACAUGAAGACUUCCCCUCUCCUGCAGUGUGUGAGUUUACUCAUACACACAUGAACUGACAUUAAAGACAUACUGUACAUAACCUCAUCGGAGUCUUCUACAGUACAUUACAGACAACCAUAAAGAUAAAAACAAGUAUCCUACAAGCACUUUAGCUUUCA